AUGGAUGCCUGCCUGCCUGCUGCCUGCCUGCAGCUACUUCUGCACCACCACCACCCAGCAACACCCAUUCAACGGUUUCGAGGUCAUCAAGACAUCAAGACAAUAAACCAACCCUUUGUGGUUGACGGCGCUGAUAGAUCUACAGAUUCGCUAACUAGCGACUCACUACGGAAGACUUGGAGCUCAGCGACUUAUUCAGCCAAGGCCCUUGGGCCCUUGAGAACAGCUGCUGCCUGGGGGGGGGGCGAGAAACCUGGCGGCAGGGGAGAAUCAUCCCGGCUUACCGAUACUUUCCCCUGCCCCAUCUCCAUCUCUUCCCCCCACCAGUCCGACGCCGCCGCCGCCGCCACAAAUCAAGUUGCGCUCUCUGCUUUUGCUUUUGCUUUUACUUUGGCAUUCCUGACGCCGAUGCCGAAGCCGACUGUGGCCGUAAAAGAAGAACAAAUAGGAAGAAGCCCGAAACCCCUUCCGCCAAGCAAACGCCGAAAUUUCUGGGGACCAAAGGACCCAGAGAAGGCCUCGAUCAAUUUCAAUAAAAACCGCCUUGGCUUCCUUGGCCUCAUUGGCCCGCCGUCCCGGCACUUCCACCGUCGCUCACCAGUGACGACCAGUCCACGACUCAAGUCCCUCGCGCCGCCAAAACUUAACCUGGGCCUCGACGAUGCGCCAUCCGCACCCCCCGCGCGCCCAGAACUCUCUCGCUCGUCUCUCUCGUUCGUCUUCUCCUUUGGCGUCCUCGUUGCUUUCUCCGUCAGCAUCAUCAGUCUUGGCUUCCCUCGGCGCCAGCUGCAAACCUCCCACGUCUCCCGGGCAGGUUGUUAUACCACGGUCGACUCGUGCGUGUCGUAUCGCGGCAUUCUUCUACGACGACUCUUGAUAUCCUGCCUUACUCGCUCCAGCGCCCCCGCCCGCCGCCACAAUUCACACCCAUGCGCCCAUGUCCUGACAGUCUUUUAUACCUCCGGCUGUCAUGCAUCGGAACCAACGACCUUCAACCGCUUUCUCCGCAUUGCUAGACUACUCGCAAUUCUAGCCUCGCCGCGCUUCAUUGACACUCGAGGCGCUCGCCUUCACACGCGCCUCCUGCUUGGCCACACGCUUCCAUCUCACUCAUCCAUCCCCGGUGGCGCCUCAAACCCGGUAGCCGACGUUCGUCCCUCGCCCGUCUCUAAGCUAGCCGACGACGACGAAAACGACAGUCAUGGGUCUGCCACCAUGCAUAUCCCGCCACGAAUGAAAACCAGAGACCGACUAAGGCAUUUCAAUGGCAUGCUCAUCUUUUUCAUGAUAUACAUGGCACUAUGUGCCUUCAACUAUGGUUUCGAUGUCGGCACCUUUAGUGGUGUCCAAGGCAUGCACAGCUUUACACGACGUUUUGGCGAAUACAACGCUAAGAAGAACAUAUUUACCAUUCCGGCAUGGCUUCUCUCCAUCAUGACUGCCACUCCCUUCCUUGGCAAGGCUGUCGGCUGUAUCAUUUGCGGCCCCAUUGCUGAGAAAUGGGGUCGCAAAGUCGCCAUCUUCGGCCUCUGCAUCCUGUCUUUCAUUGGCGUCACCCUUCAGACAUCGGCUGCCUCGGCCGCUCAGUUUACCAUUGGCCGCGUCUUCACCUUUGCCAUGACUGGCAUGACCAUCGUCGUCGUCCCCAUUUUCCAAGCCGAAGCCUCGCCCCGCGUGCUUCGCGGCAUGUUUGGAUCGACAUUGCAGGCCAUGGUCGUCUUUGGGCAAGUCAUUUCGACGCUCGUCACAUACGGUACCGAGACGAUAGAGUCUGCUGCUAGCUGGCGCAUCCCCAUCGGCCUUCAGUUUGUUGCCCCAUGCUUGCUUUGUUCCCUGCUGUAUUACCUUCCAGAGUCUCCUCGCUGGCUGCUCAGCCGCGGCCGCCGCGAAGAAGCCAUAGAAAGCCUCGGCAAGUUUCGAACCAAGACCACGCUGGAAGAAGUCAGCGUCGAACUAGACGGCAUUGCCCUUUCCCAUACCCGAGAGAACCAGGGAACGUGGGCCGAAGUUUUCAACGCAGAAAAUCGCCGGCGUACGGCCGUCGCCACCCUCGCCAUGUUUGGUCAGCAAAUUACUGGCCAGGCAUUUGCCUCGCAAUACGCCGUCGUCUUUUACCAGUCGCAGGGCUUUGGACAGUCGGCCUUUCUCUUCAACGUUCUCAACAGCGUCAUUAGUCUGUUCGCUGUCAUGAUUACGUGGCUUUUCGUCGACUCGACUGGUCGCAGACCGGUUCUUCUCGUCGGUGGCGCCUUCAUGUCCUUUUUCUUCUAUCUCUUUGGAGCCAUCGGCAGCAUACCCGAAGACAGCAGAAGCGGAGCCAUGACGAAUCUCAUGGUUGCCUGCCUCAUGCUCUUCUACUUCUUUUACAACCUCUCAUGGGCCCCUGUCUCGUAUAUUAUCGUGUCAGAAAUCGCGGCCCAGCGCGUCCGAGAAAAGACGAAUCUGUUUGCCUGUGUCAUUUCCGUUCUCACCACAUUCACCACUUCAUAUACCAUUCCAUAUCUCAUCUCUGACAAGUAUGCCAAUCUUGGUGCCAGGGUUGGCUACAUUUACGGAUCCACGAGUCUCGUCAUGGUUAUUGCUACGUUCUUUUUCAUUCCCGAGCUCAAAGGACGCACACUAGAGGAAGUCGAUCAGCUAUUCGCGAGUGCCCGCAAGACCUACAUGACGUUGAACUGGAACGACAGGGAAGACUGGAUGAAGCGGCCCGACAGAUGCAGGCCAGCAUGCCAGCCGGAGCAACCGCACAACCUGGUGGUUUGA